AUGUCUGCCGGCAGCGGGGACCGCAGUCUGGUGAGCCUCGGGAAGGACCUGCACCGGCUGUCCCGGCACCUGGACACCACCUCCCGGCCCCUGGCGCAGCGGAUCAAUGACCUGGCGGCCACAUCACUUGCCGGGCUGGAGUCGGUGCUGCAUGCGACCGACGCUGGCUCGGCCGAUGCGGCCGGCUUGGCCGACGCCAGCCUGGCCGCGGCCGGUCCUCUGCGCCAUGCAUGUGGCGAGAUGCUGACCGUCUGCGAGCAGGAGCUCCACCUGCUGGACCGGGCGCUGGACUCGCUCGGGGCGCUGCUGGCCGCGCGCGAGGCCAUGCCCUUGCCGCUGCUCUCGGCUGCCUCGUUGGCCGGCGGAGCUGGCCCCGGAUCCGGGCCCGCCCGGCGGGCAGUUGUCUUCCCACCGCCACUGUGUGGGCCCACGCCGGCGGCCUUCGGGUAUGUGGCCCCCUCUGGGGCCUUUGUGGCGGCGCUGGUGGCGACGCACGAAGAGGAAGAGCCGGCCGCCGUGGCGGCCACCGCCAUGACAGCCGCCGCGGCACCGGGCUCGCCGACUCCCGGCGGGCGCCCAGCCAACGCGGACGCGCGGACCCCGGGCACCCCGCACCAUCCGCACCAUCCGCAGCAUCUGCACCACUCGCACGGCGGAGCCUGGACACCGGUGCACGGGAGCCACCGGCCCGCGUCGCCGGCCAGCGCCGGCACCGGCUCCGCCGUGGACCCCACCAACAAGACGUGGAUUUUGGCCCGGGUGUCGCGCUAUGACCCGGCCGCCCGGCGGUAUUCCGUUGUGGACAUGGACUCGCCGGCGGGGGCCGACCCGGCCGGUGCCCUGUCCGGAGGCCCUGGCGCCGGGGCCGCGUCCUCCACAUAUGUCGUUCCGCCGGCGUGCAUCAUCCCCCUGCCGACAUCUCUGCCGGACCCGCGGCUGGACCUGGAGGCCGAGCGCCGCGCGGCCCCGGACGGGCUGGCCUUCCUGCCGAUGGAAUUCCCGGUUGGCGCCCGAGUCCUUGGUCUCUACCCGGACACCACGUGCUUCUAUGCCGGGACCGUGGUCGAGCCGCCGAGCUCCCGGACCAAGGUCACCCUCUCGGAUGUGGUUCCCGGCGGGGAUGGCGUCCAGUCGGUUCCCAGCUACCUCAUUGAGUAUGACCAUGAUGACCCGCCGCUGAAGGAGUGCGCCGCGCGCUAUGUCAUCUCCCUGCCGCCGGAGUCGGAUGAGCUUCGCCCGGGGGGCGCCUCGCCGGCCAGCGGCGAUUCCUCGCCCGGGCCGAAGGCCCCAUCCGGCGCGUCCUCCUCCUCCUCCUCCUCUUCCUCUUCCUCUUCCUCCUCGUCGUCGUCGUCGGGAUCCGGGCACACUGGCCGGGGGAUGCUCUCGUCCCCGGGCCCCCCCGAGCGGACCAGCGCGCGCGGGUCCGGUCGCGGCGCCGGGCACGGCUUCCAGCUUUCGACACAUGCGCCGUGGGACGGCGGGACACCAAUGUGUGCCAGCCCCGGAGGGGCGGCAUCUUCCAGCCAGGCACCCGGGUCAGGCUUCGGCGGUCCGGCCGGUGUCCGGGGCUCGCGCAACCGCGCGUCCUCUUCGGGUGCCAUGGAGGCGGACCUUCCGCCGGCCAAGCGCGGGCACAGCGUUCCGCGCGUCACCGGGCCCCCGCCUCCGAACCCCGGGCGCCGGUACCACCCUGACCCUGGGGUCUUCCCUGCGCCGGCCGAGUCGGCCCUGCUUGGCAAACCCUCAAGGUCGAUAUUGGCGGGUUCCGGCCCAGAUGCAUCCCACGCCCCCGCUCUAAGCGCGGUCCCCGGGAUCCCGGCCACUGGAUCCGAGCCGAGCCGCGUGCGACAUGGUGUUGUCCGUCGGCGGAAGGAGUUUUGAUCCUUGGCCCGUCCCCCCCGCCUGCCUCCAGGGCUCCUUUGCCUGCCCCCCGCCCCCCCCCCCCUCGCCCUCGCCCUCCUUCUCCAUGGACAGGUGAAUACACACACACACAUGCAUACAAAUGAAAAUA